AAAAAAAGAAGAAAAUGAGAAAAGAAAAGAGGAAGAGUCUAGAAUCGGGAAAAAGGUGGGAAAAGGAGGAGAUUUGGCCAAGCCAUGGCCUAGACCUUGAACACCCAACAAAUUUUUCGGUGGAAUUUCCCUCUUAUCAUUGUCCAUUUUCAUCUCUAAUAGCAUUCCCUCACUCUUAAUUGUCCAUAACCAAUUGAUUCACCGCAAUCUCCACCUGAAAACACUAAAAUUGAAGGAGAGAGUUGUGUGGCUGUCAUAUUUUCCCCUCCAAUUUCUAGUGCGGCCCACUCCACUCUCAUCACUAUAUGUACCAAUGAAACCUCUCUAGCCAUUAGUUCAAGUGAAAGAGAAGAGAGAAGGGAAAAGUGGAGGAGUACGAAGACAGGGAGAGGCAAGAGGAAAGUUUCUGCAACAACACUCCACCAAAGAUUUGGUUAAAUUCUCAACCAAAGGAACCCAUCUAAGUCAAGGGAAGUGAGGGGGAAAUUCCAAAACUCAACUCAGAUUGGAUGAUUUCCUUAACCCAAUUGUUACAUAUGUUCUAAAUUUGAAGGACUGUUGUGUCACAUUACCAUCUUCAAACCCAGUUGCAAGACCCUUCUUUUAUCACUUAUCAUGGCUUCUACUUCUUCAACCCGUCCCAGCUACGAUGUUUUUAUUAGCUAUAGAGGCAAAGAUAUUCAAGAUGGUUUUGUCUCUCAUCUCUUUAAUGCUUUCCAGCAAAAAAAAAUCAAUACCUUCUUGGAUGAAAACCUUUGUAAAGGAGAAGAGAUCUCACCAGCUCUCUUGGCAGCAAUUGAAGAAUCAUAUGUCUCAGUGGUGAUUUUCUCUGAUAAUUAUGCCGAUUCCUCAUGGUGCUUGAAUGAGCUUGUGAAGAUACUUGAAUGCAGAAAAACAUUAGGACAAAUAGUCUUACCAGUUUUUUACCAUGUAGAUCCGACCGAUGUUCAAGAGCUGACUGGGAAUUUUGGGAAGGCAUUUACUAUUGCUAAGCAUGUAGAAGAACUCAAAGGUUGUUUAGACAGGGUGGAACAAUGGCGCCAUGCUUUGAUGGAAAUAAGCAUUAUAACAGAAUGGGAUUCACGGAAUUUCAAGUCUGAAUCCAAACUAGUUGAGGAAAUAGUCAAUGAUGUUUGCGAGAAAUUAAGUCACUUCUCUUCAAGUGAUUUUUACAUUGACAACUUAGUUGGAAUUGAGUCACCUGUAAUGAAAGUGGAAUCCUUAUUAAGUAUUGAAUCAACAAAUAAUAAAAGAGUCAUAGGAAUUUGGGGUAUGGGAGGUAUUGGCAAGACAACUAUUGCCAAUGAAGUAUAUAGUCGAAUUAUGACUAAAUUUGAUAGUUACUGUUUUGUUGAUAAUGUCAAAGAGCAGAUGAGAAAACGAACAGCAAUUGCUUUACGAGAUAAAAUCAUUGAGCAAUUGUUAGGAGAAAAAAAUUUACGUAUAAACACACCUCAGUUGCCUGCUUUCAUUAAGAGAAGACUUCGUAGUAAAAAGGUUGUCAUUGUUUUUGAUGAUGUGGAUGAUCCAAACCUUUUAAAUCUUUUAGCAGGAGAUUGUGAUUUGUAUCAUAAUGGAAGUAGAAUCAUUGUAACUAGCAGAGAUAGGCAUCUGCUUAAAAGUGUUUGCGAUGAGGAUUAUAUAUACGAGGUUGAAAAAUUAAUUGAUGAUGAAGCUCUUUGUCUCUUUAGCUUGUAUGCCUUCAAACAAAAUCAUCCCAAGAAUCAAUUUGUUAAUUUAUCGAAGAGGUUGAUAACAUAUGCUCAAGGCAAUCCAUUGGCUCUUAGAAUUUUAGGCUCUAAUUUAUGUGACAAGGAGAUUGAAGAAUGGGAAAGUGAAUUGGAAAAAUUGAAAGAAAUUCCUGAUAUGAACAUUCAAGCAGUUUUGAAAACAAGUUAUGACGGACUAGAGCAUGAUGAAAAGAGCUCAUUUCUUGAUAUUGCAUGUUUUUUUAAAGGGGAGCCUCUAGAUCAUGUUGAGAGAAUAUUAGAAGGUUGUGGUUUCUUUCCAGGUAUAGCAAUAAGUCGUCUAAUUGAUAAAUCCCUGAUAAAUGUUUCAGAUGGUAAGGUAGGUAUGCAUGACUUGCUACAACAGAUGGGCAAGGAAAUUGUUUACGAGGAAUCCAAACAGCCUAGAGGACGGAGUAGGUUGUGGAAUUACAAGGAUAUUUGUCAUGUAUUGACAACAGAAACGGGAACUGAAAAUGUUGAAGGCAUAUUACUGGACAUGCCUGCUAAUGAAUAUUUGAAGCUAAGGUCCACAGCCUUCAAGAAGAUGUACAAUCUUAGAUUCCUCAAAUUAUCAAAUGAUCCUUUUUCCAGGGAAGGACAAGUGCUGCUUCCUAGGAACGACCUUGAAAUUUUACCAGAACAGCUAAGAUAUCUUCACUGGGGAAAAUACCCUUUGAAAUCCUUGCCAUUAAAUUUUUGCGCAAAAUAUCUUGUAGAACUUCAUAUGCCUGGCAGCAAACUCAUACAACUCUGGAAUCGGGAUAAGGCAAGAGUUAUUGUGUGACUUUAUAAAUUUAACUAUGUUUUGUUAAGUUAAUUAGCAUCUGCUUAUUUUAUUGAUUUUUUCAUUACAGGCUCUAGGAAAUUUGAAAUUUUUAUACCUCAGCGACUCUUUGGAGCUGACCAGAGUUCCAGAGUUGUCUAGCAUUCCAAAGCUUGAGUUAUUAUUUUUGGACGGAUGUAGAAGCUUGAUUGAGAUUCCUAGCAGCAUUGGCGAGUUGAAAUGUUUAAAAGAAAU